UCAGAGGCAGCUGUCAAUCGUUGUCCCUGAUUGAGAAUCAUACUUAGAUAGCCCGGUUUCACUUUUGAGUUGUGGGUGAUUGUUUUCCGUGUCAGUGUUUUGUUUACAUAUGGGACUGCUUUGUUUGUUCACAUGGUUUAUUGUUUUGUUCGAUUAAAAAAAACAUGGACACUUACCACGCUGCGCAUUGGUCCUCUGAUCCUUCCCACUAGUCAGAAGAGGAAGAACACAACCCUUACAAUACUAGGAUACUGAAAGAAGAUGACAGAUAGUUACCUGGAUAGUUCCCUGUGCUGCCAUAUUUGUUCAGAGACUUUCAGAGAGCCUGUUUCUCUGGGCUGCCACCACAGCUUCUGUUCCAGCUGCCUGGACAAAUUCUGGGAUCAGACCAAAAACAAGAAUUGUCCGGUAUGUAGGAGGAAAUGUUCCAAGGAUCAUCUAAAAGUUAACUUUCAGUUGAAGAAACUGUCUGAUAAAUAUGCUGGGAGACAGAAAGCAGGGGAGAAAGACAGUAUUCCAGGGGAGAAAGACAGUAUUCCAGGGGAGAAAGACAGUAUUCCAGGGGAGAAAGACAGUAUUCCAGAUGAAGACAGAGCAGUGGUUUGUAUUAAACACACAGAUGAACCUAAAUGGUUCUGUGAGGUGGAGCAGAGAGCUGUGUGUCACGUCUGUGAGUUUGCUGCACAUCACGGCCACACUGUCAUUCCCUUAGAACAGGCGGUGAAAGACCUGAAGGAAAAACUAACCUCAGAAUUAGACUCACUGCAGAGCAAACAUGUUAAAUAUAAAGACAUAGAGGAGACAUACAACCAAAUGUUUCAAUACUCCAAGAAGCAGCUGGUGUCCACAGAGAGACAGAUCAGAGGGGAGUUGAGAAGCUUCACCAGAUCUUAAGAGAGGAAGAGGAGGCCAGACUGGCAGCACUGAGGGAGGAAGAGGAGGCCAGAC